CUAUUGUCGGUUAGAGCAUAUCUGCUUGAGAUUUUCUUUUUGUCUUUCUUGUGGGUGAGCAAAAAUCAGAAAAAUUAAGGACCUAGAGUGGACCAGCUCCUCGUUCUGCGAGGACGCUGUAAUGAACGACGAGAACAGGGAGGUUCUCCAAACAAUAACCUCCUGUAACAACGGUGUUCAUAGGAAAAGAGAGAAAAACAGUGAAAUGAGUUCACUCUCAAGAGAAGAAAGGCGAAGAAGACGGCGGGCAACCCAAAAGUACAGAACCGCCCAUGCGACACGCGAAAGGAUAAGAGUGGAAGCUUUUAACGUAGCUUUUGCUGAGUUACGGAAACUGUUACCGACCUUACCACCAGACAAGAAGCUGUCUAAAAUUGAAAUUUUGAGGCUAGCUAUAUGUUAUAUUGCGUAUUUGAAUCAUGUGCUUGAAGCAUAGCGAUGUACAGAGUUUCGGCGAUAUUCUGUAUCAGGUAAGCUAUGCUUUGAGAAGGAUUAUUUCCGUGCCCACUGUACUUUUUGUUCGUUGGGAAAAUAUCUACUGAUCUAUAUGGAAAACGCUUCAAGAGACUAAAUUAACUGAAUGAAUCAGAACUUCUAGUCAUUGUAUGAAAAUUUCCUUAUUGUGAUGUAUAUUCGUAAAAAUAUGUAUUCACUAUAUUUGAAUACAUGAGUACAUGUCAGGUUUGUACUCGAAAACAGUUUCUGCAAUACGUGGGUAUAUGUUUUUUGUUGCCUUAAAUGCACUCAACCUUGUUUCGUUAUACUAGAUAAUUCAAUCAAAUAUUGAAUCCUUUUGCUUACAUAUCCUGGCAUCUAAAGAUAUUUUGUAUAUAAUGUAAUCAUACGAUUUAAUGUUCAAAUGCUUUUUUUUUACUG